AUUUCAUUGAAAAUCAGUUGAUAAAUUUACACCUUUUGAUCCAGUAUUUAUACAUAUGUUACAUGCAAUACAUUUAAUGACAGCUAUGAUUGGAUUGGCAAUGAAAACGAAAUACAGAAUAAAGGCAUGACGUGCUGAACUCAAAGUACAAAUUAUUGAUCAAGGCAUUUGAGACCGAUUACGUGUGAAUUAAGAUCAUGAGGUCAAACUAGGGCCAGGACACCUAGCAAAAGUAAGAUAAAAAGAGAUAAAACGCAGUAGAUACGGUUGCAACAUUAACACUCGGCUAAAGUAGCCUAAGGUAUUAAUCCAACAUCCACGACUACGAUGAAGGUAACAGUAACGAACGGUCAGCCGCUCCUGGAUAUCGGUGAGACUGGACUAACCGGGAAAGUACUAGUUUCUAGCGCUGAUAAUGUCGGCUUCAUGGUGUACGAUGUAUCACUGGGAAAAGGACAGGUAGCGACGCUCAAACCGUACGAGAGUGGGUACAAUCAUACCUACUAUGUUAUGUGUGGCACUGCCUCUGUCAUAUCCGAAAAAGGUGAAAACGUCACAAUCGGUCCUGAUACCGUUAUGGCAAUGGAUGCAGAUACAACUACCACUAUGACUGUAUCAGAUGACAUAAGACUAUCCAUAGGUUAUGUUCCCAAGGACCCCGAUCAUAGCCCCGCUCGGUUUACUAUCCGGAAACUGUCCGAACUGGAGGGUACAACAGGUGAUAGGAAUAUGUUUUGGAUCUCUGGAUACAGUAGGCGAUAUCUAGUGAAAUCUGAUGGAUACAAUAUGACCGUAACGAACACAACGUUGGAUCCGAACACGAUGUCUCCCCUUCAUUACAAGAAUCACAUCGAGGCUGUGUUUAUGUUCAAGGGGUCUGGGAAGUACGUUUGGAACAGUGGGGAAGAUUCUCACGCGUACGACCAAGAGAAACACGAUGGUACGAUGUUUCUAAUCAACGGUCACGAGGCCCACAAUAUUUACAAUGAUGAUAAGGAAUCCCAGUGUAUUUGCUACUUCUUCCCAGCUUUAGUGGGACACGAAACUCAUUAUUUCACCAAAGAGACAACGGGACAUUCAGUCUACCCCAAAGAUUCCGAAAAAUAGGACAGUAACCAUGAUUUACAGGGGAUGUUAGAUUUGAAACACUUAACCUAUUUAGAUAUUAUUACCAUAUGUCCACAAAGCCAGUGGCGGAUACAGGGGAAUCCAGUACUGAGACAAUCAUUUAGUCCCGAUGAUACCGACGACGUCAGAUCACGGUGUAACAUUGUAAUUGUUCAAUUUACAAUGUUCCUCAGAUUUAUUGUUAAAGGACAACUGAAAUAGCUUUUCUCAACUUGCAGCUACAAAAAUGCGGUUUUCUCCAUUGUAAGCCCAUCGUAGAGUUCUUGCGAUAGCCAUUAUAAAAUAAAUGUUAGAUAACUGCUAUAGAUAACGAAAUAAAACUCAGGUAUAUUUUUGAAAAUUACAGGUUUUGUUCAGAUCAACCUGAGACUAAGUGUUUUGGGGUUAUUUUCAUACUGAACAUCCGUGCAUAAUUAACAGCUUUCAAUCCUGC